AAACGAGAACACAGGGCUACCCCGAAACUUGAAACCUCCAUAGCCAAACGCAGAGAAAGAGAUAGAGAGAGGAUUAUCUCACUCUGAACAAAAAUGUCAGGCUUCUCAUUCUCCUCCUCCACCCCUCUCUUCUCCACAUUCUCUUCUUCAAACCCGACCUCUUCUUUCUCCUUCUCUGAGUUCUCUCUCCAUCCAUCGUCAAACCCUACCCCCUCCCUCUUCGGAACCACCCCAGCCUCAUCCGCCGCCGCCCCUUCCUUCGGCUUCGGCUCGUCCAAUCCUCCCGCUUCGUCUUCAUUCGGAUUCAGCCCUUUAUUCGGCACCAUAUCUUCUUCAACAGCAACUGCUACACCCCUGCUUGGUGUACCUUCAUCUGCAUCUGCUUUUGCAACAACAUCCAGUGCCAGUGCUACUACUACUAAGACAUCAACAUCAAUGACUGUUUCUUCUACUAGUGGGACUACUUCAACUGUCAGCACUACAAUAUCCCCUGCUCCAAAAUUACCAUUUGAGAUCAAUGGGAAAACUGUUGAGAUUAUCAACGAGUGGAACUCUGAGCUACUAGAACGUACUGGGAAAUUUCAAAAGCAGGCUAAUGCAAUAGCUGAGCGGGACAAGAGAAUCUUGCAGAAUUGUGAUAUUCUUGUUAGACUUGAGACCGAAGUGGCCAAAGUUGUUGAGACUCAAGCUAACUUGGAAUGGCAACUAGAGCUUAUUGAGACUCAUCAGCAGGAGGUUGAUAAGGGUUUGCAAAGUGUGGAGGAAGAAACUGAGCGCAUAUACAAGCACGAGCGCAAUUUGCUUCUUAACAAUGAAGCAUUGUCCACACAAGAUGCAAUGUAUGAGCAAGCUGAAAUCAUAGAGAGGGAACUGAAACAGUUGGCUGAACAGAUCAAAACUAUUAUUCAGACGAAUAAUCUUGUUAUGGACAGUUGUCAUAGCCUUGAUACCUUGUUAUGGAAAUUGCUUGAUGAAUCCUUGUUUCAAGAAAUAAAGGAGAAAGAAUAUGGAUCAUAUGAUUGGCAAAGUGGCAAACUAGACCCUGCCAUGAUGAAUCUAACCAAGGGAAUCGCCGUUGCCGCCCCUUCUCGUGCCCGACCGCCUUCAAAAAUGUCGGGCUUCUCAUUCUCAUCCACCCCAUCAACCUCCUCCUCAUCGUCCUCAACCCCUCUCUUCUCCGCAUUCUCUUCAUCAAACCCUUCCCCAUUCCCCUUCGCAUCCUCCUCCUCUCAAAACCCUGCCUCUUCUUUCUCCUUCUCUCUCAAUCCCUCUCCAAACCCUACCUCUUCCUCCCCUGCCUCCUCUCUCGUCGGAACCGCCACCCCGGCCUCGUCCGCCGCCCCCCCUUCCUUCGGCUUCGGCUCGUCCAAUCCUCCGGCUUCCGCUAAGGCCCCGGCUUUGUUUGGAUUCGGCUCUUCGGCUGCUUCUUCCACCCCUUUCUUCGGCACGGGUGCAGCUUCAUCCCAGUUUGGGAAUUCCAGUCUGUUUUCAUCUACUCCAAAUUUAUUCGGAUCUACUACUGCUCCCAGUUCCGUUUCAAACACCGGUGCAUCGGUUUUCGGUUCUUCAACCACAUCAAACUUGUUUGGAACCAGUACUUCGACUCCCACUCCCGUUUCGACUCCCAGCACAUCUGCUUUUGGGUCUUCAAUUACUCCAAACUUGUUCGGAACCAGUGCUCCCGGCUCUGUUUCAACUGCUUUUGGGUCUUCAAUUACUGCGCCAAACUUGUUCGCCUCUUCUACUCCCAGCCCUCUUUCGACUACCAGCACAACAACACUCUUUGGGUCUACCACUUCGGGUCCAGUUUCGACUCCCACUGCCAACUUUUUUGGGUCUUCUGUUGCGAAUAAUUCAGCUUCUACCGGUCCAAACUUGUUUGGAUCAGCUUCUACUGGUACUACCGCUGCUUCUCCACUUGCUUCUUCCAAUUUGUUUGGAGCUGGUACAUCCAGUGCAACUUUAUCUUCUUCUCCGUUAUUUGGGUCUUCAACUUCGGCUUCAACCGCACCUUCUUUUCCUAGUUUGUUUGGAUCAUCUUCCUCAAGUUCAACUUCGUCUUCGCCUUUUACCUUUCCAGCCACUUCGGCAAUCUCUUCUUCAACAACAACAACUGCGGUUUUGUCUUCGUCAACAGGCUCAUCGAAUUUCUCCUUUGGGAUACCAGCGUCUUCUUCUGGUUCUCAAUCUUCAUUUGGGUUCACAAAUGUAGUUUCUAAUGUUGGCACGGGCACUAGCACUCCAGCUGCAAAACCCACUUCCAUAGGCUUUGGAACUUCUUCAUCUACUUUGUUUUCUACCAUCACAACCACCACAAGCGCUUCAACUCCAACCGCCACAGUUACCUCAUCUUCUGCUCCUACUACUAUUACUACUGCUGCUUCGGUGGCUCCUGUUCCAGUAUUUGCCCUUAGUUCCUCAUCCUCAACUACUGCUUCAACAACAGUUGCUUCAUCAACCCCUGCUACUACCUUUCCGAGUUUUAGUAGCACCACGAGCCUAGCUGCAACCUCGGCCACUACAAGUUCAAUUCAAAGUUUUUCACUAUCUAAACCACUGACCCCGGCCUCAUCCUCACAAGCUCAAUCGACGACUGCUUUGCCCCUGUUUGGUGUACCACCUUCUACAUCUGGUUUUGCAACAACAUCCAGUGCCAGUGCUACUACUACUCAGACGUCAACAUCACUGACUGUUGCUUCUACUAGUGGGACUACUUCAACUGUCAGCACUACAAUAUCCCCUGCUCCAAAAUUACCAUCUGAGAUCACUGGGAAAACUGUUGAGGAGAUUAUAAAGGAGUGGAACUCUGAGCUACAAGAACGUACUGGGAAAUUUCGAAAGCAGGCUAAUGCAAUAGCUGAGUGGGACAAGAGAAUCUUGCAGAAUCGUGAUGUUCUUCUUAGACUUGAGGCUGAAGUGGCCAAAGUUGUUGAGACUCAAUCAACUGUGGAACGACAACUAGAGCUUAUUGAGACUCAUCAGCAGGAGGUUGAUAAGGCUUUGUUAAGUGUGGAGGAAGAAGCUCAGCGCAUUUACAAGGAUGAGCGUAAUGUGCUUCUUGACGAUGAAGCAGCAUCCACACGAGAUGCAAUGUAUGAGCAAGCUGAAAUCAUAGAGAGGGAACUGGAACAGAUGGCUGAACAGAUCAAAACUAUUAUUCAGACCCUUAAUGCCAACCAGGGUGGAGAACUGGAUGCUGUUGAUGGAUUGUCUCCUUUGGAUGUUGUUGUCAGAAUAUUAAACAACCAACUAAGUUCCCUGAUGUGGAUUGACGAAAAGGCUGAGGAAUUCUCAUCGCGUAUUCAGAAGCUUGCAAGCCAAGGUUCUGCUGUGAACCGUGAAUUGAUUGCCCCAAAGUACUGGUUGAGUUGAUCUCUUUUACUUUUACGUUGCUAUACAUUUCAUAACGCUUUUGGACAUCAACAAAUUUAGUUCACUACUGGAGAUACUAGCAUGCAAUAGAGAGCAUUCAUCGUGGAAGUGGAUAAUGCUGUCUGCUCUUGGAUGAAAACAGUUUUGCUACUUUUAUGCUCUUUCUGGUUUUCUUUUUGACAUUAAAAGUGUGUUUGGUGCUGUAGCUAUGAAGUACGUCAAAGUAGUCUGAAUCUUACUACUGUUGUCAAAAUUAGACAAUAUAUAUGGAUUCUUAUGUAGUCCAACGGCAGAAUACAUUUUCAGGACACUCUAAAUUUGCAAAUUCACGCGUUGUGUGGAAUGGAGAUGAUUACAUUGUCUGACGGUGAAAUGCAUUUGAAAGGUAGUAUUGGACCGAAGCAAGAGAAGUGUAUAUUUGAAGUGGCUACUUACUGCGAAUUAUUUCUUAAUAACCUGUAGUGUUUCUGUUGGUGGUGGUUGAAGAAGAGCUGACUGUAAGAAUACUUUUAUCUGCUAGUUUUAGGACCAUUUUCUCUUUAAAAGGCUAGUGUGAAUUGGGGCUUGUUUUGAUGUA